AUGACGAUGAGGGUGCAGAAGGUUGUAGAUUGUUUGUGUAUCCUUGCUCUUACAGCCCCAGCUCUUGAUCGGGCAGGACCUGAGUUGUCGACAAAUAGGCAGACGGCGCUGUACGAUGGCGCGGUGUUGUGGGUGUUUUAUGUCUGCGAGGUCGGGAUGAUAGGGAUGGAGAGGAGGAAGGCGCACAGAAAUCUGGAGGCGGAGGAGGCGAACGGAGAGGCGGUGGACUCAGGAGACGGCCGGAUCAUUGAGCUGAUGCAGUCGAUGCGCGGAUGCUCAAGGAUCAUGGCGCAAGGCACCUUUCGACUCCAGGCGGGACUCGCGAGCUUGCAGGAACCUAGGGAGGGCCAUGGCGCCGACGGAAGCGUAUCGAUGCGCAAGUGA